AUGAGCCAUCGCGCAGAUGCCUCAAAUUCCCUCGAUGAUAGAGGGUACUCGGGACCACUCAUUCGUGGCCAGAACCCAGCGACGCUGAUAGAGGAAGCAACGCGAAAUCGCAUAACCAAUAGUCUAUAUUGGAAAGAGUCAUGCUUCGGUCUCAAUGCUGCAACAUUGCUCGACCGUGCAGUCGAGCUGACCUAUUUCGGAGGCACUUAUGGCGUGGCCAUGAAACCAACACCAUUUCUUUGCCUUGCGUUCAAACUGCUUACUCUUGUACCUGACCAGGAAAUCAUCCUUGAGUACCUCAACAACGCAGGCGACGAGUUCAAAUAUGUUCGUGCUCUGGCCGCUUUCUAUGUGCGGUUGACCUUCGACCCCGACGAGAUUUACAAGACCCUCGAGCCUCUACUGCUUGACUCGCGAAAAUUACGCAGGAGAAGGAAAGAAGAGUAUACGUUGACGUAUAUGGACGAGUUUGUGGACGAGCUUUUGACCAAGGAGAGAGCCUGCGGUACCAGUCUAUGGAAGUUGAGCGCAAGAUCAGUUCUGGAAGACUUGGAUAGACUUGAGCCAAGAGAAAGCCCUUUGCAGGCUGAGCUGGACGCUAUGGACGAUGCCGACCAGGAAAUGCAGGAUGUCAGAUUCUGA